AAGUCGCUAUUGGCAGAGAUGUUUCAAAUGUUUUGAUUCACUGACAUCAGCUCAGUCAUUCGUUCCGGAAUCUAAUUAUACUGGUUGAUCCAUUAAAAAUAACAUCCUCAAAAGAGUCAUUUGUUCUGGAUAAGAUUUCGAUUCAUUAAAAAAAUAAAAAAUAGGUUGGUGCUGUUUGCUAUAUUCAAUUCAUGAAUCUUCCGGCUCAGAUCAAGCAUUAAAUAAAUAUUUAAACCCUCUGCAAACGACAAAGUAUGCUUCUGAGACAUUUGUCCAAUUUCGAUUCACCCCAAGGAAAAAAAAAAGCAUUAGAGUAGUGGAUUAGCCUACAUGCAAAUUAGUACAGUAUAAAAUAAAAGUUAUUGGGCAAAAUAAAUUAUAUUACUUAAAAAUACCAAACUAACAAAGCUAUUGACUUAUAGGCUAUAUUUUACUCACAAAAUGUUUAAAUUGGAUCAUAGGAGUCAUUCAUUUCAAGAAUCAGACUACACUGAUUUUCUAAUUCACCAAAAAUAACCACUCAUAAGAGUAAUAAAAACAUGGAACUGGUUCUGAAUGUGUUUUCAGCACUAUUUGUCAGUAAAUACUUGCAAAAUGUAUCAUAAUAUGAACAGUAGCCUAUUGGCUAUUGUUUAGUUGGUCACUUUCUAAAAAAAAGCCUGAAAUGGAAAAACAGGACGAAUUCCUUCUAAAAAUUAUUUAUUAUAUUAUUAUAUAUAUCAUUUAGCAAUGCAUACGAACCAGUCUGUAGUUAAUUUUGAAAUAAAAAGCGUGUGGUGUGUGAAGAAGAAAGAGAAUCUAUGUGUGCAGAGCAUCUUUGGAGGGAGGGCUGCAUUGAAUAAUGAAUAAUGGCUGGGUUUGUGCUCACAGCUGAGUGAAUUAAACAUGAAGCCAACACUAGCAAACUCACAGGUAUGUUCUCUCUCUUUCUGUCUUUAUACACAUAAGUAUUAUCAGAUUUAAACCUUUUUGUCCGUUAGAUGCCCAGACAAAAGAAACCCACCCCCUGAAAAACUUUUUAAAGACUUAAUACAGUACCUUUUCCUUCAAUCAAAUCUCAUAAACCUCAUGUAAAAUCACAAAGACUGGUAGAGGUGCUUUACCAUCUGAAAUGGCUUUCAGGUAGCUGGUAAGGGCGUCUAAAUGAACAGCCUGUCCUGCUGGUUGGGGGUCAGCAGCCGCCUGCACGGUAUCUCAUGUCAGCCCUGUGGAAUUUGAGCUCUCACAGGCCGCUGGUUUAUAUGCUCCUAUCAGGUCCUCGAUGAGUGUGAGUGAUAAUGUGCCAUUUCUUUUCACAAAUGGAGCGUUAACUGCUUGUAGAAGAGCGAGACAGAUAGAUAAUGUCCAGACUCUCACUUACAAUACAUUUUAUUUCACACGAGAGCAAACCUACAGCAUUAUAAUGCAGCUCAUCACAGGUAACAGAUGUUGUCAUCCACUUUAUACCCCAUUAGGGCCACCGGUGAUGGGUGAAUAAUACUAGAUGGGUGGUGUGCUGGAACCCAUCCCCUGACAGGUGUAAUAUUAGGCUACACAUCGUCCUCAGUUCCGCAGAUCGAGUUUCAAACAGGAUUCCCCAGGUAAGAUGCUUAAGGGGCGUUGAUGUCAUUAUACGGAAGUGAGUUGGACCACACUGCUGGGCACAGAUAGCAGUGCCACUGAAGACAAUAGGAGGACAACGUGGGAGUUUCAACAGGAAUUCGGACUGAGCUGGAGCAUCACCGGGACUUGGGAUGUCGCAUCAGACUGGUAUCCAUGCAUCUCCAGACUUGAGAGAGUUCCUCGUGAAGGCGAGAAGAGGAGCUGUCAGAGUGAUGAAGAUUGUAAUAAGGAGCGAGCAGCUGGUGUUGGGAGGGUGCAGAGAGGUUUCUCAGAGCUGGGAUCAGGACUAUGACGCAUGUGUCCUGCCCAUGCUGGACGGCCUAGAACCCUGCUAUAUCCUUUUCCGCCUCGACUCACUGAACCAGCUGGGAUAUGAGUGGCUGUUUAUCUCCUGGUCGCCAGACCAGUCACCAGUGAGGUUAAAGAUGGUGUAUGCUGCUACCAGAGCCACACUGAAGAAAGAGUUCGGGGGAAGUCACAUAAAUGAUGAACUGUUCGGAACAGUCCAGGAAGACAUCUGUUUCCAAGGUUAUCUACGACAUCUGUCCUCCUCCUCCAUCCCGGCCCCCCUCACCACUGCUGAGCAACAACUCCAUCAGAUUAAAAUAACUGAGGACGAGCGAAGACGAGUAGCCACUGUUAGUGGGCAAGCAAAGACAGAGAUCAGCGUGGAGUGUAAAAAUCCGACUUUACAGGGUUUGGCGUUCCCAUUGCAAGAGGAGGCUAAACAUGCUUUACAGCAACUUAAACACAAACGCAUUAAUUACAUUCAACUAAGACUGGACACCGAACGAGAGACAAUUGAGCUGGUCCACACUAGUCCUACAGAGACCAAAGAGCUGCCAAGCAGAAUCCCCACUGAUGCCCCACGAUACCACUUCUUCCUGUACAAACACAACCAUCAAGGACAGGCACUGGAAGCUGUAGUUUUCAUCUACUCCAUGCCCGGGUAUAGUUGUAGCAUCAAAGAAAGGAUGCUUUACUCCAGCUGUAAGAAUCGACUGCUCGAUGAGGUAGAGAGAGACUAUCACAUAGAGAUCGCCAAAAAGAUGGAGAUUGAUAGUGGAGAGGGGCUGACGGAGGAUUUCCUGUAUGAAGAGGUGUACCCGAUGCAGCAUGCUCUGAAACAAGCCUUCACCAAGCCAAGGGGCCCUACAGGGAAACGAGGGAACAAGCGUCUAAUCAGAGGAGCGGGAGAGAAUGGAGAUGAGAGCUAGAUUUUUACAGUCGACAAAUGUAAAAUGACACCAGAUACACAUGUUUAAUUUCAACCUCAAUGACAUGUAGCCUCUUUUCAUUUCAUUGUUAUUAUUAUUUUUUAUGUUAGAUUUUAACAAGUCUUCUUUCACUCUGAAACUCAUUCUCACACGGUUGUCAAGGCCACAUAAAUGUGUUGUUUAGGUGAUGAUUUUUAUGUUAUAAUUAAAAUAAAAUCUAUUAAUCUGU